AUGCCAUCCUCUGUUCCAUCGAGUGUCAAUGACUGGUGGUGCGAUCCCAGCACGGAAUACGCGUUCCUCGGAUUCAGCUACGAAGUCACAGCCUGCCAAAGUGCUGACCAGCUCAAGAGGGACUUCGCCGACAUUCGCAAGACCUUCAAUGGGCGAUACGUCCGCCUCUACGGAGCCUGUGAUAACGACGGCUUCUACGACGAUAUCGUGGACGCUGCCUGGGAGAACGAUCUAGGCGUGCACGCCCUCAUUUGGUUCGGCUUCGACGGGGACAACAAGUGGAAGACACGCCGCAACAAGCUCUUCGCCUCGCUGCACUCCAACCCAAAGGCACAGUUCGUCACGCGCGGCGUGCAGUUCGGCUCGGAGCCGCUCUUCGACGACGUCCUCCCGCACGCGGAGCUCGCGAAGCAGGUCGAGCAGGCGAAGACGAACCUCUCCAGUCUGCACAUCCCGGUCACCGUCAGUGAGCUGGCAUAUGGCUACCAGGAGCGCGGGGGCGCCCAGGACGUACUGGAUGCCAUCGACUACAUCAACAUCCAUAUGCUACCGUUCUUCGACCAGACGGCCUCGACCGCGAAUAAGUCAUGGCCAAUUGUGGAGAAGAACCUCAAGUUCUUCACCAAGAAUGGAAGCGGGAAGAAGAUGUACCUGGACGAGAACGGGUGGCCUUCCAAGACGUCGGAAGGUGUACAGCCGAACAGCCCUGACGCAGUAGCGAACGUCGCAAACGAGAAGGCCUACUACGAGCUGCUGGAUUCGCAGUGCUCGUACUUCAAGAACGCGACCGGCGGCGGCAUCGGGUGGUUCGCGCACAUCUACUCGGACGAUCAGGAGCCCGGGUACGGCAUCUACAGCAGCUCCGGCAAGACCAAGUUCUCCUUCAAUCCGAAGACGAGCUGCUGA